AGGAUUCGAUCGCCGGCGCAGACUAGUAACAAACGAUCAAUAUAAGCUCUCCUCCCCACGUCGCAACCUCGCCUCUAGCAGUUCCGAGUUUCCAACACGAGCGGCGUCUGAUAGUAAUAGCAAUAGCAGUCAUUAUAUUCUCAACACUGGUAAGGUCCGGACCGAGCUGUGAACUGUGAAUGUUGGUGUUUGACACAUACCUAACCUAUGUUUUUCUUGGACUUUAAAAUUUUUGGUGAAUUAAAUUUCACCUAAUUUUGUGUUGGCUUUCUAAGAACCAAGUUUUAAUUUUUUAUUUUUUUGUUUUCCAAGUGAUGAUAAUUGAUGCAAUGAGAGUUCACACCCUUUUUGCACUUUUUAUUCAUGUGACACAUUUUUCCUUUUGUAUAAAUGUCAAAAUCAACUUUAGAGAAAAAGAGAAAGAAGUACUGGAUCAAAUACUUGGACCAGGUCGCUACGACGCCCGAAUUCGUCCAUCUGGUGUAAACGGCACAGUAGGACGGACGGACGGGCCGACCAUAGUAAACAUCAACUUCUUUCUACGUUCUAUCAGCAAAAUAGACGAUUAUAAAAUGGAAUACAGUGUUCAACUUACAUUUCGGGAGCAGUGGUUAGACGAGAGGCUCAAGUUUAACGAUUUUGGAGGACGGUUAAAAUAUUUAACGCUCACAGAGGCAAACAGGGUCUGGAUGCCGGAUCUGUUUUUCUCAAACGAAAAAGAGGGCCAUUUUCACAAUAUCAUCAUGCCAAAUGUCUACAUUCGCAUUUUUCCUACUGGAUCAGUAUUAUAUAGUAUAAGAAUUUCGCUCACACUUUCAUGUCCAAUGAACCUGAAGUUAUACCCAUUGGAUAGACAAAUAUGUUCCUUACGAAUGGCCAGUUAUGGAUGGACUACAGAUGAUCUGGUCUUCCUAUGGAAGCAGGGUGAUCCUGUACAAGUAGUUAAGAAUUUACAUUUACCAAGAUUUACUUUAGAAAAAUUUUUAACUGACUAUUGUAACAGUAAAACAAAUACAGGUGAAUACAGUUGUUUGAAAGUAGAUCUACUAUUCAAGCGAGAGUUUAGUUACUAUUUAAUCCAAAUUUACAUACCCUGUUGUAUGCUUGUGAUAGUAUCUUGGGUAUCCUUCUGGUUAGACCAAGGAGCUGUACCAGCUCGUGUAUCAUUAGGUGUUACCACCCUUUUGACCAUGGCGACCCAAACCUCGGGUAUCAAUGCCUCCCUGCCACCGGUCUCCUACACAAAAGCCAUAGAUGUUUGGACAGGAGUUUGCCUAACAUUCGUAUUUGGAGCACUUUUAGAAUUUGCACUUGUAAAUUACGCUUCUCGAUCAGAUAUGCACAGAGAAAAUAUGAAGAAACAAAGAAGGCAAUGUGAACUUGAACAUGCUGCUUCCUUGGAUGCUACUUCUGAUCUUAUUGACACGGAGAGCAACGCCACGUUUGCAAUGAAACCCCUAGUGCGACAUCCUGCAGAUCCCAUGAGUUUAGAGAAAGUCCGCCAGUGUGAAAUCCACAUGCAGCCCACACGCCCCAAUUGUUGUAGAUCGUGGUUGUCCAAAUUCCCCACCAGGUCAAAACGCAUCGACGUUAUCUCGAGAAUAACCUUCCCCUUAGUGUUCGCAUUGUUCAAUGUUAUAUAUUGGUCAACAUACCUGUUCAGAGAAGAAGCCGAAGAAUCCUAAACUUCACUAAAACAUUAAUUAUUGUGAUUUUUCAUAAGUGUAAAUAUAUCAGUUACAAACAAAUUGUACAUUAUUAUAAAUUUGUAAAAAGAAAUAUGUAGUUGUAGUA